AUGCGAUUGAAUUUUCUGCGUAUUCUAGUUCGUCGAACCGCUUUGCAUCGAUCUUGCCAAUAUUUUUCUUCUGAAGCUUUAGCCUCCGAUAAGUUUCAUAUUAUUUCCGGCCAAAAGAUGUCGAAGGUACCUACUGAAAUGUCUCCGUGGCCGGAGUUCAUCGAAGAACGAAUUAAGCUCUGGGACAAGCUAAAGGCUCAAUACGACGAGGAAAUCGCCAAUAAGGUUCCUGAGCCAAUUACAAUCACAUUGCCCGAUGGAAAAACCUUUGAUGGAAAAUCAUGGAGAACCACACCAAUUGAAAUCGCUGAGAAAAUCUCGAAAGGUCUCGCCGAGAAUGCGGUCAUCGCUAAGGUUAAUGGUGUUGUUUGGGAUUUGGACCGUCCAUUUGAAGGAGAUGCGACCCUUCAUUUGUUGAAAUUCGACGACGAUGAGGCUAAACAAGUUUUCUGGCACUCGUCAGCUCACAUUCUCGGAGAAGCAAUGGAGCGUUUCUGUGGAGGUCAUUUGUGCUACGGACCACCAAUCCAAGAAGGAUUUUAUUACGAUAUGUGGCAUGAGAAUCGCACGAUCAGCCCCGACGAUUUUCCAAAAAUUGAUCAAAUCGUUAAAGCCGCUGUGAAGGAUAAGCAAAAGUUUGAGCGUCUCGAGGUUUCCAAAGAAGAUUUAUUGGAAAUGUUCAAGUACAACGAGUUCAAAGUGAGAAUUUUGAAAGAGAAAGUUAAUACACCAACGACCACGGUUUACCGCUGCGGACCACUCAUCGAUCUGUGCAGAGGACCACACGUGAGGCACACCGGAAAAGUCAAGGCGCUUGCAAUUACAAAGACUUCGUCGUCAUAUUGGGAGGGAAAAGCUGACGCUGAGUCUCUUCAGCGUGUCUACGGAAUCUCGUUCCCGGACACCAAACAACUGAAAGAAUGGCAGAAGCUUCAAGAAGAAGCCGCCAAACGUGACCAUAGAAAACUUGGAAGGGAGCAAGAUCUCUUCUUCUUCCAUCAGCUUUCACCAGGAUCCGCUUUCUGGUAUCCAAAAGGUGCUCACAUCUACAACAAGCUUGUCGAAUUUAUUCGCAAGCAGUACAGAAAGCGUGGAUUUACCGAGGUGAUCACACCGAAUAUGUACAAUAAGAAGCUUUGGGAAACAUCUGGUCAUUGGGAGCAUUAUUCGGAGGAUAUGUUCAAGAUCGAGGUUGAGAAAGAAGAGUUUGGAUUGAAACCAAUGAACUGUCCGGGACACUGUUUGAUGUUUGGCCACCAGCCGCACACCUACAACGAGCUGCCGUACCGAUUCGCCGACUUCGGAGUUCUUCAUAGAAACGAAAUGUCGGGUGCUCUCACGGGACUCACGAGAGUUCGUCGUUUCCAGCAGGACGACGCUCAUAUUUUCUGUCGCAGAGAUCAAAUUGGACAGGAAAUUAUGGGAUGUCUUGAUUUCUUGGAAUAUGCCUAUGAGAAGGUGUUCGGCUUCACUUUCAAAUUGAACCUCUCUACGAGACCAGAAGGAUUUUUGGGAGAUAUUGAGACAUGGGAUAGAGCUGAAGCUGACCUUGCUGAUGCCUUGAACGCUACUGGAAGAAAAUGGGUGUUAAAUCCUGGAGAUGGAGCUUUCUACGGACCAAAAAUCGAUAUUACCAUUCAAGACGCGUUGAAGAGAAACUUCCAAUGCGCCACAAUUCAACUCGAUUUCCAAUUGCCAAUUCGAUUUGAUUUGACUUAUUUCGAUGAGAAGGGAGAAAAGCAACGGCCAGUCAUGAUCCAUCGUGCAGUGCUCGGAUCUGUUGAGCGAAUGACUGCCAUUCUUACGGAGAGCUUCGGUGGAAAAUGGCCAUUCUGGCUCUCGCCACGACAAUGCAAAAUUAUCACUGUCCACGAGAGUGUUAGUGGAUAUGCUAAAGAGGUCAAGGAGAGAAUUUUCGAUGCUGGAUUUGAAGUGGAAUAUGAUGCGGAUUGCGCGGACACGAUGAACAAACAGGUCCGAAAUGCCCAACUUGCCCAAUUCAACUUCAUUCUCGUCUUGGGAGCUAAAGAAAUGGAGCACAAAACUGUUAAUGUGCGCACAAGAGAUAAUGCUGUCCGAGGAGAGGUUCCAUUGGAGAAGCUUAUUGAGAAGUUCCGCAGAUUCGCUGAUGAGUACGUCGCUGAUACGGAAAAAGCUGAGGAGUGGGCAUAA